ACGAAUUCAGAAUUGAUCGAGCUCAGUCAGGAGCUAAAAUCAACACAGGCUCGGCUGAAUGAGGUACAGAACUUGCUGGAUGAAAGUCAGGCCGAGGAGAUGACCCUUCGGACCAAAAGUUCUGCUCAACACAAGGAGUUAUCCUCCCUGAAAGCUACGCGAGCCGAGACCGAGGAGAGACUGAUGAGUCUGGAGAAAGACUACAAGCAGACGCAAGGUGGGUUGAAUACACAAGUUGAAUUUAGGAAUUCGGGACUUUGA